AUGGCGUCCGGUUUGAAGGUGAGUUCGUCUAAAACACAGAUUUUUUUCUCUUCUUCGGUCGCUGAAGAUAGCCGCUGCGAUAUUGCGAUGAGACUAGGGUAUGCUCAAGUAGAAGAUUUGGGAAUGUAUUUGGGCAUGCCUUUGAUCCACAGAAGGGUUACAACGGCUACAUAUGCGGGAAUCUUAGAGAAGGCUGAAAGUCGACUAGCCGGGUGGAAAGGAAGGUCUCUCUCGGCGGCGGGCAGACUCACCUUAACACGGUCGGCACUCUCCUCGUUCCCUUAUUAUGCCAUACAAGCUGUUGCAUUACCAUCUACUAUUUGCAAUCGAUUGGAUCAGUGUGGACGUACUUUUCUGUGGGGUGGGUCAACGGACCAGCGCAAGCCCCAUUUGGUGCCUUGGGAGGAUAUUUGCCAACCGCUGGACUGUGGUGGUCUCGGGCUUAAGCAAUCUAAGUUCAUGAAUGAGGCUCUUUUAAUGAAUUUAGAGUGGCAUAUGCUCACUAAACCAAACUUACUUUGGGUCCGGGUUAUGUGCGCCAAGUAUAAUUUGAAGCCAAAUGAGAUGACAGGCGAUUUUAAGUUUCCUAACGGUUCGGUCUGUCUUAGAGCUGUGGCGAAGGUCUGGCCGCAUGUUAGAAGAGGGACGCGCUGGGCCUUGGGGAAUGGACGACGUGCUCAAUUUUGGUUGGACCUGUGGGCAAAUACAUCGGAACCUUUAAUAACUGUGGCGAUCGAGAGAAUACCGGAGGAAUUCAUUCAGGCCCCGGUGGCGGAGUUUGUCACGGAGAUUGGUGAAUGGUGGUGGGAGAAAUUCGAGCGUUUUUUGCCGACUAACUCAUUGCUGUUGAUUGCGGCGGUCCUGCCGCCAUCUCCUUCGGCGAGACCGGAUCGAUUGGUAUGGGGGUACACGCCUAACGGAGUGUUUUCGACGAAGACGACCUACGAGGCUUUGACGAGAGGGGCCACGGACCCAUCACGCCCGCUGUGGAGAACCAUAUGGAGAGCGCCGGCAGCACAAAGAGUGCGCCAUUUUCUGUGGUUGGCAAGUCGGGAUCGACUGUUCACAAACAUGGAGAGGUUUUGUCGACAUAUGGCUGGUGGCGCUGCUUGUGGAUUAUGUGGACAGCCUGAAUCAACUUCUCACGUAUUACGUGAUUGUGUUCAUGCGCGGAAUAUUUGGGAGGUGCUAAUUCCGAACUCGAUCCGUAAAGAAUUUUUUGUCCACGAUGCCCGCGCGUGGAUCUGGUCGAACCUGGUAGUUUAUUCACCGGAUGGAGUAGCGAACUGGGCAUCCAUAUUUUCAAUAACUUGCUGGCGCAUCUGGACUUGGAGAAACUUGGCCGUUUUUUCAAACAAUUUUGUGCCCCUUAAGGUGAAAAUUCAGGAUAUCCGGCGACGCGUGGACAGGUAUGUGAGCACCAUGACUUGCGAAGCCGUGUUGGGGACUCGAGACAGACACUUUAUCCUGGUCAUGGAUGGAUCACUCUUCAAGGGCCCAACCUGA